AAACUUCCAACGCCCGUCGAUAUCGGGCAACCUGUAUUGCAGACCACAGUUAGUAAUGUCGGUAAUUAGUAUUAUACAGCACAAUACCUAAACGUUAUACAUAUUUUAAUACUGUAUACUGCAAUAUCAACUAUCAAUUUCGAAUCGCGGCGCUAGUUGCGGGCCCGUCUUAUACGUUAGGUUCUCGUGCUGUCGCUGUGACCUGUGAAUUUUGAUUUAUUGCCGAAUGCCGAUGGUGUACAAACAGAACUCUAUUUGUAAUUUAUAGUCGGUAAAUAGUACAUUUGUUUGCACUUCCACAGUUAGGCCUCUAGUAGAACUAGUACCUGUUAACGGCUAUAUAUACCUACAACGAAAAAUUGUCAACCCGAAUAUCGUGCUUUCAUUCCAGCGGCUUUUUUGAGAGGCCCAAUUUUUAUCGUCACCAAAUAUAUAAUUGAUCUUGUGUACAUUUAUCUCCAUAGUACAUACAAUGAGUGUAUCGGGAGAGAAUACUGUUGAUGUAGAAGAACCGGAACAAUUCAGGAAACUAUUUAUAGGUGGACUUAACUACACAACUACAAAUGAUUCAUUAAAAGAAUUUUUUGAAAAGUGGGGCGAUAUUGUGGAUGUAGUUGUUAUGAAAGAUCCUGUUACAAAAAGAUCACGAGGUUUUGGUUUUAUUACUUACUCAAAAUCUUCAAUGGUAGAUGAUGCUAUGGCCAAUAGACCACAUAAAAUUGAUGGUCGUGAAGUAGAAACAAAACGUGCUGUUCCUCGUGAUGAUAUAGAUAAACCUGAUAUAGCAUGGACUGUAAAAAAAAUGUUUGUUUCUGGAAUUAAAGAACAAGCUGAAGAAGAUUUAAAAGAGUAUUUUGGACAAUAUGGAAAUAUACUUAAUAUUCAAAUUAUUACAGAUAAAGAAACUGGUCAACGUAAAGGUUUUGGAUUCAUUGAAUUUGAUGAUUCAGAUUCAGUUGAUAAAGCUGUUUUAAUUAAAAGCCACGAAGUUUCUGGAUCUAAAUUAGAAGUUAAAAAAGCUGUCAGUAAAGAUGUAGCAUCGGCUUCUAGAGGCCGUAGAGGUGGACGUGGUGCUAGUAGUGGUAGAGGACAAAAUUGGGGAGGACCAAAUAAUAAUUGGGGAGGUAAUCAUUUUGGUGGAUAUGGCAGUGGAGGAAGCAGUGGUGGUGGUUGGGCUCAAGGUGGUCCUCAAGGUUGGAAUAAUGUUUGGGGUAGUCAAGCUUCUCAUGGAGGUUGGGGUAGUGGAGGAGGUAAUUGGGGUGGUAGUCAAAGUGGAUAUGGAGGAGGACCAAUGCGAGGAAAUUUCGGUAACAAUAGAGCAGUACCAUAUCACACAGGUCGUGGAGGUGGUGGUAAUUUCCAUCAAAAUUCAAGAGGAAGGUACUAAAAGAAAGUUGCUGAAGCAAGUCUGGUAGGAAUCAAUAACCAUCAAAUUUUCCUCCUUCAACUUUUGGGUAUUGAACUAUACAAAUGAUGUUUUUUUUCCGACAAAAAACUAUCUGCUCUUCACAUAUUGACACUUAAUGCCAUUUAUAAAUCGCUAUUAAAUUAUGUAAAUACUCAAGUGUUCAGUAGAAUUCAAAGUAUAAAUAAUUCAAGUACUUCAAGUUCCAGUUUUAAACUUAUCAAGAGUUUAUAGAUGUCUAAUUUACAGAGUUUUGAAUUGAACUAACAUAACCAAAAAGAUGACAAUGACUUGUGUUUAAUUUAUAAUAUAAUUAUAUGUUGUGUUUCCAGGUUUGUAAUGGUACAUAUCAUUUACUUCAUAGAAAAAUGUUCAAAAUGUACAGUAGACCUGGGCAUAAAUCAAACCAUUUUAUUUUUAAUUCAUGUAUCAUGUUUAUCAGUGCAUUCUUGCACUGCGUGUCGGAGAUAAACUGAUGAAUGAUAAAUUUGUGCAUUAUUCAUUAAAAUUCAAAAAUGAUUUGUUACCACCAAGGGCACCAAGAUCAAAGUGCGAAACUUCUACGGUUUAGAUUAUUAAUGGAAGCAUAGUAAUAUUCAAGCUGUAAUUACUGUUUAGUCAUUUCACAUUUGUUAAUGUCUAUUGUCUACUCAAUCGAUUACUGACCAGUGUAUCUACUACAUUAUAUCCAGGGCAUAGACAAUAUCGACAUAAUGUCAUACAUGCUUUAUACUCAAGGAUGUAGAAGUAUAUAAUUAUCGAGUAUAGAAUAAAUUAAUAACUAUAUCGUAUUUGAUAUUUUUAAUUUCAUAAUUAAUAGUUUGUCAAAGCGUCUAACGUGACACGUUAUCCUUUUUUCUGCUCACUAAAAAAAAAAAAAAAUUGUCGUCGCCAAUUCAUCUCGCAUUGGACACGUUAUUAUCGACGACUUUAUUUACAAUUUUGGGCUCGUAAAUCGACGACACUGGUAUUGUGAACUCAAGAGUACCAUCCCAGUGAGCACGCCAACGCUCGUUCGGUUCGGUACAACGUUUUCAUCGCGGCCUCCGGUGGUCAAACUUCUGCACUCAUUUUUCUGGUACAACAAUAUUGCCGCUGGGGGGCGCUGCGCAGAGUCACUUGGAAUCGACAGUUCUCAUUCGUCGACGACGUUUUUCCUGUUCACCUUCCAUUUUGUGAACGAUACUCCUCGUGCGCUAUACCUCCGUAGUCUGCAUUCCGUGUCACCGACCACCGUACAAUAAACGCCAAGCGAACGUCAUUAGUGUCGGUCUAUCGUCCAUUUUUAUUGCCACCGUGGUUUUUUCCUCCGUCGGUCCAUCACAACGUUUUCUACAGCCGUUGUUGGAGUACAUUCUCGCCGGCGUGUUCAAAUCCGCCGUUGUCGUUUUCUUCGUCUUCUCGAAAUAAUUGAAUAAA